UUGGCGCGCGUGUUGCGAUAUGGGCCUGUGGUGGAGUGACCGUAGAUCCGUCGGGUUAUUUUGGGGCAGCGGCUGUCUGUCACAGUUGUUGUUUCAGUCGUCAGUCUCUCGGCCCCUUUUCACUCCUCUCUUCUCUCCCACAGGUCCUGGCUUAUCCAGCAUAAUGGAGAACAACUCGCAGUCAUCGGAAGCCCCUGCCGACUCAGGCCCCCAAAUCCACGUCAAUGGCACGGACGGGCCGCCCACGGACCCCAUGGAAGAAUUCAGCCGACAGCUUGAGGGCAUCAUCAGCACCUACGGGCCGGUCACCGGCACCCCGGAGCCGCCCUCUGUCGUGCUGGGGCCGCUGCAGGCCGAGGGGGCCGAAGAGGAGCUCGUCGGAGAUAAGAAGGACGCAACGUCUGAGGAGAACGCGCUCAAAGAGUCAGGAAAAGAGGCCACACAGCUAAUGCAAAGUUUGAACAAGCUCGGCACUCCGGAGGAAAGAUUGCAAGCGCUGUUCGAGAAGUACACGGAGCUGCUGGGGGAGCAUCGGGCACAGCAGAGACUGCUGAAAUCACUGGAAGGGAAGCAGGCCAUCAGCCAGAAGGAGACGGGGCAGCUGCAGGCUGAGCACAAGAGGGCCGUCCUGGCCUGCAGCAAGCUGGAGGAGCUGUGUCGGGGGCUGCAAAGGCACAACAAAACCAUCAAGGACGACAUGCUCCAGAGGUCCCUUGAGGAUGAGCAGAAGCGGCAGGAGAUCACGGCGCAAUUCCAGAGCACCCUGACGGACAUCCAGGGGCAGAUCGCACAUCACAGUGACCACAACGCCAAGCUCUGCCAGGAGAACAGCAAACUGGCGGAGAAGCUGAAGGAGAUCAUCACCCAGUAUGAGAUCAGAGAGGAGAGCUUGGAGAAGAUCUUCAAGCACCGUGACUUACAGCAGAAGCUGGCCGAUGCCAAGCUGGAGCAGGCGGACGUUCUGCUGAAGGAGGCCGAGGAGAAGCACAAGAGAGAGAAGGAAUAUUUACUGACACAAGCCGCUGAGUGGAAGCUGCAGGCUCGGCUCUUGAAAGAGCAGGAGACGGUGAUGCGGGCCCAGCUUAUUCUGUACUCUGAAAAGUUUGAGGACUUCCAGAACACACUGGCCAAGAGCAAUGACGUGUUUGCCAACUUCAAGCAGGAGAUGGAUAAGAUGUCGACGAAGAUGAAAAAGCUGGAGAAUGACUGCGACUCCUGGAAGAUGCGCUUUGAGAACUGCAACAAAGCGCUGAAGGACAUGAUUGAAGAUAGAUCAGUGAAGAAUAAGGAGUUUGAAAUGUUCACCUUGAAGAUUGACAAGCUGGAGAAACUCUGCAGGACCCUGCAGGAAGAGAGGAAGGGUCUAUACCAGAAGAUCAAAGAGGUCUCCCAAGAUAUGAAAGGGGGGGUGGCAGAGAUGACAGCAGACGAGGGGGUCCUUGAGGAGAAACCCAACCCUACGGAGAUCCUGGCUACAGCCCCGACUCCAGUACAGGCCCCAGAGCCGUCCUCAGACUCAGCCCCAGUGGAAGCCCAGACCUCCACAUCAGUCCCAAAGGAGCUCCUUCUCCCCGUGGACAUGUCCCGUCUGAAUGCAGAGCAGAGGCGCCUGGAGGAGUUUGCCGCCUGUCUUCUGAAACCCAGCAAGGCUGAUGACUCAGCCCAUGACACAGAGGGUGAAAAGGAGAUCCGUGCCCCUGUAGACACUCAGGAAGGGUCAAAGCCGGGGCCACAGGCAGAUCCUGCCACCAGCAGCCCUGUCACACUGGCCAGUCCACCUCCUCCAGAGAUCGCCCAUACAAACGCCAUGGAGGAGAAAAUCCCAGAAAACAUGGAAACCAAGAAGGGAGCUGAGGACUAAAGUCAACAGGUGCUGAAAUUCUAGUCCAUGACAUAUUUCUUAAUCAUCCUGGUUGUUGAGGAGGGAAAUAUUUCACUAUGCAUUUCAUUUAUUGCUAGCAGAUACUGUUGGGUUUCUGUGCAUGAUGUACAGUAGAAUAUUGCUGUGACUUAUAUUACAUGUGCCUUGUUUUUAUUGUACUGAGAUAUGCAAGGGCUGCAGGUCAGUUUUAAUGGCUAAAGACCUCUCUGAUACCAAAUAAUAUGCCGAAGUAGAACUUUGCAUUUCUGUACCCAGGCUGUGUGUCAGAUGGAUUUUUUCAUGCCAGAACAUUCUUUCUUGUGAAGACACCGGUGGUGUAUUUAUCCAAUAAAAUUCAGACAUGCAGUACCAAA